CCGGAAAUCUUAUAUUUGGCGUUACUGCUGAAAGAUAUGGCUGCAUACAUUAUAUUAGCCUGCUAACUCGACGUUUACGUUUGACAUAAGCUUAAUUAUUCGACCAACGUUUUGAAAUUGUAUGAUAACAAGCAAGUUAUAUCGCUUCUGUAGACACAAAAAAAUCGUUAACUAUGUUAACGACUUUCUGAGUUUUGUAAAUCACGUUAGCUACCAAGCUAUACAAAGGAGAAACCAGUUAGCCAGCUACUAGCCUAGCUAGUACUAGGUGGCUAGCUAGUUUAGCUCCUUACGAAGUGUUUUAUUGAUAUUUUGUUACCAGCUAGAUAAAAAAAAACAUAGCUGGAUACAUUUGCUGGUGUUACAAAGAAAAAGCGUCUAUCGAGCCUCAAUGCCCGAACAAGGCCCAAGGAUGAAUGGUUUUUCCCUCGGCGAACUAUGCUGGCUAUUCUGUUGCCCGCCCUGUCCCAGUCGCAUCGCAUCCAAACUAGCCUUUCUCCCUCCCGAACCCACGUACUCCGUACAUACCGAUGCUAACGGGACGAGUAGCCUGCAUCUAUCCGAGCGAGCAGACUGGCAGUACUCCCAACGCGAACUGGACGCUGUCGAGGUGUUCAACACCAGAACCAGUCGGGGAAACCGGCUGGGUUGCAUGUUUGUACGAUGCGCACCCAACAGCCGGUACACGUUGCUCUUUUCCCACGGUAACGCAGUGGACUUAGGCCAAAUGUGCAGUUUCUACAUCGGCCUCGGUUCGAGGAUAAACUGCAACGUCUUCUCGUAUGAUUAUUCGGGCUACGGUGUCAGCAGCGGGAAACCGUCAGAAAAGAACCUGUAUGCGGACAUCGAGGCUGCCUGGCAGGUGCUAAGGAACAAGUAUGGAGUGGCCCCAGAGAACAUCAUCCUGUAUGGCCAGAGCAUCGGCACGGUACCCACGGUGGAUCUGGCAGCGCGCUACGAGUGUGCCGCCGUCAUCCUGCACUCACCUCUUAUGUCCGGCCUGCGAGUGGCCUUCCCUGACACGCGCAAGACCUACUGCUUCGACGCCUUCCCCAGCAUUGACAAGGUGUCCAAGGUGGCGUCGCCGGUGCUGGUGAUCCACGGCACGGAGGAUGAGGUGAUCGACUUCUCGCACGGCCUGGCAAUGUACGAGCGCUGCCCGCGUGCUGUGGAGCCCCUGUGGGUGGAGGGCGCUGGGCACAACGACAUCGAGCUCUACGCCCAGUACUUGGAGCGACUCAAGCAGUUCAUCUCCAUCGAGCUGCCCACAUCCUGAUCUCCCUUGGCCUCCUCCACUAAAACCUAGCGGGGGGCUGCGUAUCAAGUCGAAAAUAGCCUCCUCCACUAAAACCCAGCGGGGGGCUGCGUAUCAAGUCUAAAAUGGCUUCCUUUUGUCUUUCCUUGAUCUGUGCAGAGAGAAGUGGAUUGGUGGACAUUUGAUACCUGAAAUCCACCAUGUUGGUUUGUAUUGUUUAUCGGUGCAGAUGUUGGAGAGGAGGAAGUGUUGAGAUGCUUCCCCCAGGGCUUAACCAGGUCAGGCUGAGCUGAGCCAGGCCAAGGCAUCCCCGGUGCUCAUAUGUGGACAGGUCCCAGGUCUCUUUGCCAAGGAGCUAGGGCCCGCUCACUAUUUGCACUUGCUCUUCAAUCUGGAUCUCGAUUUGUUUCUCCUUCUCUGUCUCUCUCUCUGUCGGUGGGGAUGUGAUAAAUUCCCUCUGCGAUUUUGUUCUCUAUUUCAUCUGUUUCUCUCUUUUAUGCUCAUGAUUGAUUGACUUUGUAUUAUUUUCUACCUGAUGAAGAACAAUCUGUUUUGCACCUCAGAUACAUGAUUAAUGUUCUUGCUUGUUUGUGUUUGUAAAAAAUUGUUUUGUCUUUUUUUAAAUUUGAUUCAGGGUGAAUUGAAACGAAUGCGCUGUUAUGGUGCAGAUAUUUUCAGGUAAUCAUACUGUAUGUUCUGAUGUAGGUUUUCUGUUAUCUUAUUGACAUUCCAUGUGUUUCACUACACAGAGAAACUCAUUCCCAUCUUGUUUUCAAGGCCAGUGUGUGACCGUGUGGUUGAAAAACGUCAUUACCCAGCUCACCCCUGGGUGUCUCACCUCUGUAACAGUGCUCUUGUUAACUGGAGGUCAUGUGGUAAGAAGGGACAGGUGUUUUUCCUCAACGAGGGUUUUCCGGUGACGGACACCACCUGACCCUAAUGAUGACACUUGACCAUGUAUCAAAUAAAAACACACCUACAAUGUACUGUAAUUGAACCUGUGUCCCAGGACUGAAUCAGCCCUAUGCGGAAUCCCAAAUCAACCCCUAGCCAGUACUGUCUCUAGACAACACCUGAUCUACGCCUAGCCAGUACUGUCUCUAGACAACACCUGAUCUACCCCUAGCCAGUACUGUCUCUAGACAACACCUGAUCUAGCCAGUACUGUCUCUAGACACACCUGAUCUACCCCUAGCCAGUACUGUCUCUAGACAACACCUGAUCUACCCCUAGCCAGUACUGUUUCUAGACACACCUGAUCAGCCCCUAGCCAGUACUGUCUCUAGACACCCGUGUAGAUCUGAAAGGAACAGAUUUAAGCAGUAUUCAUGUUUUUCUGCCUUGCUGUUCGGAGAUUUUUUACCAUAUUGCUAAGACCUAUGCAUUUAUUUCAGAUCUAGAGGUAUGUCUCGGGUGUAGGAGUUGAUUUGGGAUUCGGCACCAGUGUACAUGUUUUUCUUCAGAAGUUUUCCGUGAAGCCAUUUUGUUUGUCUGUUCAGAAUUAAGAUUGAGUUUAAUGUAAAUGCUUUGGGUUGCUUUCCUUUCAUUUCAACACUACAAAUAAAGCCUUAAGUCUGUGGACAUUUCACCCUAACAUUCCUGUCGACUUGAGUUGGGGAGUCUCAUGGUCUGCAGGGGGACUGACUGCUGCUAUCGGUUCGUUUGGAGGAAUCUUCUCAAUCACUGUGAAAAUAUGUUUUGGGGUAAUACUGAUCAAAAAGGUACUUCACCUAAUGCAAUCUCAAUGAGUCUUCACAUGUAGAUGAGAGAUUUUUGAGCCAUCUCACCACCAUUUGCAGAUUCUGGCUGUAUCCCUUUGGGGGUAAGGGGGAUUCCCCCCAACAGACCCUUUCCCUGAUCCCCAUCUCGUUUCACUCCAAAGAACUCUGCAAGUGUCACCAGGACUACGUUUUGGAAGAAACACUGCAUGCAAACAACUUUUCAUAAAGGACAUUUUGAGUGUAGCGAGUGAAGAAGCCAGAGGAAUCACUGGGUUGGAAGUAUUCUGCAAAUGUUCUCAGCUGUAAAAAAGAAGAGAGAAACACUACACUGCUCACGGAGUGUCCGUUUUGAAGGAGGAGGUAAAAUUGAAGGAUAUGUGCAUAGCAACUUGUGAUUAACGUUUUGACUGAACAGUGUAUUGCUGUGGGGUGAUGGCUGUAUUUUGCGGUCGUGGUUGGGUUUUCGUGUGAUGAAUAAAAGAUUCUAGUGUUUUCUCGUCAUAACUUACUAAGGGGCCUAUGUUUUGACACAACGAGCCCUUUAACUUAACAUCUAGUUUUUUCUGCUUGUCUUUUUAAAGAACGAAAAACUGCUUUAGUCCCAUUUAUUGUUUUGAUACUGACGUUUUUACAAUGUUAUUUUCCAGUAAAUGUUGAUAGAUUUACACUCUAAUGCUGGUUUGUCAGAACCAUAUGUAAUGUAUCUAUAUCCUCUAUACAUAAUAUAAAACAUUGCUUUAAGGGCUAUUCUAGCCUACUUGAGUUUAACACUGGAGUCACAGUAUGCAAAUCUAAUGCAUAAAAAAAACUAGUGGGUACAGAGGUUUCUUAGUGUCAAACAAAGAAAAAGCCUUAAAUGUGCCGUGCUACAGAUUGUCAUUCAUGUUGGCUGUGUUGCUUUCUGGCAACACAGUGGAUGUUUUAAUGCUUAAUGGAAUAAAGAAUGCAUGGAAUUACA